AUCUAGAUGCAAAGAUGAGAUGCAAGUUGAUGCUUGUUGUUGUUACGGAGUUCUAGUGCAAACUUCCUCUGCAAGAAAGCUUCUCGAGAAUCCAUUAUUACCUAACUUCAACGGUGGAUUUGACCAAAUUUUAGGAGGUCUUGGUGGUGGUGGCGGUGGCGGUGGCAGUGGUGGCGGAGGAGGAGGUACUAAUGGUGGAUUUGGUUCUGGCUUCGGAUUUGGCGAGGGUCAUGGAUCGGGUGCAAAUAGCGGAUUUGACCAAAUUGUAGGAGGUCUUGUUGGUGGCGGUGGUGGUGGUGGUGGUGGUGGAGGUGGAGGUGGAGGAGGUAGUGAUGGUGGAUUUGGUUCUGGCUUUGGAUAUGGCGGGGGUCAUGGAUCGGGUGCAAAUGGAAGCGGUGGCGGUGGAGGUGGAGGUGGAGGUGGCGGCGGCGGCGGUCAAAAUGGUGGUAGUGGUUUUGGCGGCGGAGCAGGAUGGGGCCAUGGUGGUGGUGGCAAUUGAUCCCACCAUUUGCUCAAAUAUAUUAUUUAAUAUAAUAAGUCAACUUUCUAUUUUUCCCUAAUAUUUAGUGUGCUAUGACCAGUGAUUCUUGAAUAAAAUUUUGCUACUACAAAUUGUGGCAAUGUUUACAUGAUGUAAUUCUACUAUUGUUUUCACCGAUUCAGCUAUUAUAGUAAUGAAUAUUUUCAGAUGA